CCUUCAACUGGAAGGGCUGCACCAGGAGGUAAUGCAGUGCUUUUCCCUUCUGGACAAAUCUUCUGCACCUCCCUCAGGUUUUACCUCUGCCACUGGCUUGGCCAGUAAGGGAAUAGGAACAGGUAGUACUACAAAAACCCCUCUGAAGAUACUGUUAAACAACAGAACUCCCUCUGCCACUGUCAUGCCUCCUAUAGAGCGCUCCAUCCCUAUCAAAAUACUUUUCCCCACUUUUGGCAGUCCAGAAGAUGAUGUUGAUCCACUGUUUUUUUUAUCUAAGUGUAAUGAUUUUCUUUCUAUCCGGCCCCUUACUGACUUGGAGGUUCUUGCCACCCUCCGCAGUGUUCUCCAUGGUACAGCAAGAGACUGGUGGGAGAUAGCCCGUGAACAUGUGUCAACCUGGGAGGAGUUUCAAAAAAUAUUCCUCUUAGCCUUCCUCUCAGAGGACUAUGGGGAUGAACUGGCGGAACGUGUUCGUAACAGAGUCCAGGGGGAAGCAGAGCCAAUACGGGACUUUGCCUUCUCCUAUCGAGUUCUAUGUAGGAGAUGGAAGGCUGACAUUACUGAGCAGGAGAUGGUCAAACUCCUUCUUAAGAACAUGGUUCCCCGCCUUGCUAGUCAACUUCGAGAACGUGUGCAAAAUGUGGAUGAUCUGGUGCGUCUUGGGACUCAGUUUGAGAAGGACUGGAAGCACCACCUCCAAACUAAAAACACCGUUCCCUCAUCCCAGUAUACCUAUAACUCUCCUGGGGCUAAACCGUCUCAGAUAUUUGUACCCAAGAUCCAGGACAAAAGUCCAGUUAUGUGUUGGAGGUGUAAAGUCCAACAUCCUCCAGAUUCUUGCCCGCUCUAUGUCCAGCAUCAGGAUUCAGGAAAAGGUCAGAAAGGACCGAAGACUGAAAGUCUACACAGGCGUGGUGGCUUGCAUACAAUUGGGUCAGCCUUAAUGCCCACCAUGAAGCAUUUAGACAGCACAGCUAGCGGUCUUAUUCCUAUUCCGCAACAACUAUUGGUUCCUCUGACUGUUAGGAACUGGAGAGGGAAGGCCAUAAUCGACACAGGGGCAUCUUACACCCUGAUGCAAGAGGCCCUGUGGCAGAACAUGGCAUUACCUCAUGAGGAGCUACGAACAUGGGAGGAGGGACCAUUGUACUUGGCCAAUGGAGAACCUACCACCCCCUUGGGCUGGAUUAGUAUAAUAAUAAAACUGCAUGGUGAGACUAUUAACCUUCCUGUGGCAAUACUUGCAGAUUCAAGCCCUGCAUUUGCUGUAGUCCUUGGCCUAGACUUCCUGUUCUUCAGUGGACUGACCAUCUCUAUGUCCGAACCCUCCUAUCGGCUACACUCUGACUAUUCCCAGCCUCAUCCAUUUCAACCUGGUAAUGCACUGAUUUCAGGUUGGAGCCUGCUACAUUAUGCAAGGUCCGGACAAGGUCAAGUCAGAGACAGAGAAAAUAUAAAGAGACAAAGACAAAAACAUGUUCCACUAGUGAAGUCUGAGAACCCAACUAUCACCCUGAUUACCGCCGUACCCCCCCUUCUAUCCGAGAGCAAAAGCAAACCGGAUGCUGAUUUCUACAUCAAGCAAGCGGUGGAACAGGCAUGUCUAUCGGAUGAUGAAAGGUGGCAGCUCUCCCAGAUGUUGGACGUGAACAGUGAGGUCUGUACUCUUACACUCGGCCGUACAACCGUCUUCAAACACAAAAUCUAUACCCGGCAUGAGGUCCCCAUUAAGCAGCUUCCCUACAGGCUGUCCCCCGCCAAACUGGAAAUUCUCAAUGAACAGCUCAAAAGCAUGUUGGAGAAUGGAAUUGUGGAACCUUCUUUUUCCGGAUGGGCUUCUCCGGUUGUCCUGAUUCCUAAGAAAGAUGGUGGAUAUCGAUUCUGUGUGGACUACAGGAAGCCGAAUGCCAUAACAGAAAGUGAUGCCUACCCUCUACCAAACAUAAAUGACAUACUGGAAUCUCUGGCAGGAGCAUCCAUCUUUAGUAAUCUGGAUCUGAACAGUGGCUAUUGGCAGGUGUCAAUGGAUCCCGCUAGUCAGGACAAGACUGCCUUUGUCACCCCUGCUGGUUUGUACUCCUUCAAAGUCAUGCCUUUUGGUUUGAAGAAUGCUCCAGCAACCUUCCAACGGUUGAUGGAGACUGUCCUGGGAGAACUGAGGGGUAGAAAUUGUCUCGUGUAUCUGGAUGACAUCAUAAUCUACUCCUCCUCUGUUGCGGAUCAUCUGCAAGACAUUCAGUCCGUCUUCGACAGACUAAAGGCUGCAGGUUUGACCUUGAACUUGAAGAAGUGUCGUUUCUGUCUGCCAGAACUCAAGUUCCUUGGUCAUGUGGUUAAUGCUGAAGGUAUCCAUGCAGAUCCAGCCAAAGUUGCAGCUGUGCAGGAAUUCCCAAUUCCCACAUCCCUCAAGGCUGUUCAGCGGUUUCUGGGUAUGGCUGGAUGGUACCACAGGUUUGUGCCUGAUUUUUCAAAGGUAGCUGAACCCCUCAACCACCUUAAGAAGAAAGGUGUGAAAUUCCAAUGGACCCCUGCAUGCCAAAGUGCAUUUGAAGCACUCAAAAACAGUCUAAUUACUCCUCCAGUGCUUGGACAUCCUAACCUGAAUGCUCAUUUCAUUGUGUACACGGAUGCAAGUCAAACAGGACUUGGAGCAGUCUUGGCUCAACAAACAGGACUUGGAACAGAAGAAGUUCUUGCCUAUGCAAGUCGCACCCUUAAUUCAGCCGAGAGGAAUUAUUCAACGACUGAAAGGGAGUGCCUCGCUGUGGUGUGGGCUUUGGAGAAAUGGAGCUACUACUUGGAGGCAAAGAUCUUCACCGUUGUCACAGACCAUGCUGCUCUGCAGUGGGUUCUGGCAUCAGGCAAGACCAACAGCCGUCUUAUUCGCUGGUCUAUCAGACUGCAGAAGUUUGACUUCAUCAUUGAGUAUCGCAAAGGAAAACUGAACGUUGUACCAGAUGCCCUUUCUCGGAUUACAGAGACUGCCAAUGUUUGUCCUCCCUUGUGCAGUACUUAUACUACCGCUAAAUGUCUGGAUGAUUCCUUUCCUCUGGAUGAUGAGAGUGUAUGGAGAGCACAGCAGAAGGAUGCUGCCAUCAUGGCGAUCCACAAGAGUCUGUCUGAAGAAGACUCCAAGAGUCGCUUCAAUGAUAAGUAUAGCAUAAUUCAGGAUAAAGUGUAUCGAAAAACUCCAAGAGGAGAUGGAAUACACAGCACCCAUUAUCGCGUCUUCAUUCCCUCUACAUUGUGUGACCAGAUAAUCCAAGCUUAUCAUGCCAAUCCCAUGAGUGGCCAUCUUGGCGUUUUUAAAACUUAUCGAAGACUACAAGAGGUGGUUUACUGGCCCGGCAUGUGGGUUGAUACCCGGAAGUUUGUACGGCAGUGUGAAGUCUGCCAGAAAUACAAACCAGACAUUGGCCGACCUGCCGGGAAAAUGCAGCAGACCGUGGUGAACCAUCCAAAUGAAAUGUUGGGAAUUGACCUCAUGGGACCUUUUCCUCCCAGCCGGGGACCCGGAAUGAAUUUUUAUUGGUGGUAG